AUGAAAAUCAUAUUGCUCUAGAACUCUCAGAUGUUCAUAUUAAAUGCAAAAAUCAAUCACAAAAGAAUCAUAUAGAAAAACAAUCUAUAUUUUUAUAUCGUCGAUUUAGUCAUUUCGGCUCUAAUGCCGAUGCAAAAACAGAUCAACCCAGUCAUUCUUAUUUUCCUUUUGUAAAUAUUUUCAGCAGAACACUAGAAAAGGACGAAAAUUUACGUCUAAUUUUUGAUAAUAUUAAUGUAUGGAAUGAAUUUACCAAUCGUUCACGGACUUUUACUAAGUUAGAAUUUAACGCGCAACUUUCAACAAGAAACUUUGGCUUAUUCAGAAAUCCCGAAUUAACUUCACCAAAAGGUUUUCAGAAAGAAGCUGAAAAGGCAGUAAGGAGGGUAAAAUUGCUGAUUAAUAGAAUUGUCAAUGCUAAUACCGAUGAGGAACUGAAGAAGGUGGUCAAGAAUUUGGAUAGAUUGUCUGAUGUACUUUGUUCAGUAAUUGACACAGCUGAGUUCGUGCGAACAGUUCAUCCUGAUCAAAAGUUUUCUCAGGAAGCCAAUCGAAUUUAUGAAUAUUUAUGCUCAUUUAUGAAUUCAUUGAAUACCAAUAGGGAAUUAUAUCAGGUAUUGAAACGAGUAAUGUCAACGCCCAGCAUUUAUUCACAAUUCUCUUCAGAAGAACGUCAAGUAGCUCAUAUUUUUUUGAGAGAUUUUGAAAAAUCUGGGAUACAUCUUCCUUCAUCAGAUCGAGUUAAAUUUGUGCAAUUAUCAGAUAAGAUUAUUGCACUCGGUCGUAAGUUCACACACAGUCAACUAUCGAAAUCAACAAAAAUAAUCGAAGUAGAGGCUUCACGUCUUGAUGGAUUGUACACCGGAUGUUCCACAAAGAAUGGCGAUACUGCUAGGUUAUCCACUAAGCCUUGGGAGGCCCAAAUGAUUUUGAAACUUAUAAAAGACGAAAAUAUUAGAAAGGAAAUGUUCAUUGCUUCGAAUUCAGCCACAAAAGAACAAACUGAUUUAUUAGAAAAUUUGUUGCGUACAAGAGGAGAGUUAGCAAGAUUGCUAGGGAUGGAUAGUUAUAGUCACAUCUUUCUUAUAGACAAGAUGGUAAAAAAUCCUGCCAAACGACAAGAAAUUAAGUGCAAAGAAUUACCAACUGUUAAUGCUUGGGAUCGGGACUAUUAUACUGAAAAAGUAAAAGCAUCUUUAACGCAGCCUAUGACCCCCAUAUCUCCUUAUUUUUCUGUUGGUUCUGUGAUUCAAGGCUUAUCAAGACUGUUCUCCAAACUAUACGGUAUUUCAUUUGAACCUUCUGAAAUAUUACCUGGAGAAACAUGGCAUGAUGAUGUUCGUAAGCUUAAUGUAAUUGAUGAACAAGAAGGAAUGAUUGGAACAAUUUAUUGUGAUCUUUUUAAUCGACAUGGCAAAUAUUUAAACGCGGCUCAUUAUACAGUAAGAUGUUCUAGACGUGUUGAUGAUGACGACAGCAUUGGAGACAUUCCUCCUGACAUGGAUGUUUCGGAAAUAGGAGAAUUGGCAACACCAGAACAAGGGGUAAGGCUUCAUGGUAGGAACGGAAGAUAUCAAUUACCUAUCAUUGUGCUUACAUGUGACUUUGCAAAACAAAAAGGAGAUGGUAAACCUUGUCUGUUAAGCUUAGUCGAAGCUGAGACUCUCUUCCAUGAAAUGGGGCAUGCUAUGCAUUCAAUGAUCGGACGUACAGAUUUUCACAAUGUCUCUGGCACUAGAUGCCCAACAGAUUUUGUGGAAUUACCUUCAAUACUUAUGGAGCAUUUUGUUUAUUCACCUACUGUACUAGCACUUUUUGCAAAACAUUAUGAUACCCGAAAGCCCAUACCAAUAGACCUUAUUAAUUCACAUCUUAAAGCACGCACCCAAUUUUCAGCUAUGGAGACGCAAUAUCAAAUCCUAAUGGCAUUAUUAGACCAAAUUUAUCAUUCCACAUUGGCUAUGUCUCCUGACUUUGAUACUACUGCUAUUUUAGCUAACCUUCAGGAUAGCGUUGGACUAUUUCCUUCAGUUCCCGGAACUGCAUGGCAAAUUCAAUUUGGGCAUUUAUUUGGUUAUGGAGCAGGGUAUUAUAGCUACCUUUUUUGUCGAAUACUAGCUGGAAAAUUAUGGAAACAAGUAUUUGAAAAAGAUCCGUUAGACAGAGAAGCAGGACAAAGGUUCCGAGAUGAGGUGCUACGAUGGGGUGGAUCUCGGGAUCCAUGGUUGUGUGUUGGUAAAGCUUUACAAGAUGAAAAGAUCGCAGUUGGUGAUAGUAAAUCAGUUUCUUUGGUUGGAGAGUGG